GGUUGCCAAAGAGUCUUAGACAUUUCAUCCUCGGGGCAUUUCUUUCUACUGAUACAGGAAGAGAUACAGUAGAACUAUUUGAAAUUGGAUAUUCUCACAUGUUCUUCAGGUAGAAAAGCCAGCAGUCACGGAAAUGACCUGAAGUUUUUUCCUUGUUUUUAUGCCUUAAGAACAGGAAAUAAAGAAAUAAAGAUGAUUCUCAGGGCAGAGCUCUGAGUCACAAUGUCCUCCACUCUGGCCACAGAAUAUGGUUACUGAAGGGACAGAACCCAGGGAGAAUAAUGUUUUAUUUGGGAUGGAUAUUUCUUUGUCUUGUCACAAGAGAGAGAAUUAAAGGAUUUAACAUUUCAGGUUGCUCCACCAAAAAAUUUCUUUGGACGUAUUCUGCAAAGAGUGAGGAGGAAUUUGUCUUAUUUUGUGACUUGCCAGACCCACAGAAAUCCUACUUCUACCACAGAAGUUCACUCACAACAACCCAAGGCCCUGAACACCUGCCCUGCAGUGAUAGUAAGGACUUAUCUGAGGUCCAGUGGUACCUACAACCUCAAAAUGGAGACACAUUAAGGGAAAUUACUAAAAACUAUUCUCAUAUCAUCCUGGACAAUAUUACCCUACGCUUUUUGACGAUGGAGAUCAACAAUGCUGGGUCAUAUAUUUGUAGACCCAGGAUUAGGAGCCCCCAGGAUGAGACCUGUUGUGUUAAGAUGAUCUUAGAAGUUAAGCCCAAGGCAAACAUAUCUUGUGUGAACUCUGUACCGCAUAAACAAUACCUUCUUCUUGGUAGCACUGAUUCUAUAUAUUGCCCUAGUCUUGGCUGCCAAAAGGAUGCACAGAGUCCAGAGAUGACCUGGUACCAGAAUGGAAGACUACUCUAUGAAAAAAGAAGCAACCCAAUGUCACUGAAUGAAAUUUAUGACUUUCACCAGGGCAUGUACACAUGUGAUUAUAGUCAGUCGGAUAAUGAAAGUUCAUGGAUAGUCAGAGCUGUUGUUCAAGUGAAAACCAUUGUAAAGGACACGACUCUCAAACCAGAUAUUCUAGAACCUGUCAAGGACAUCCUGGAAGUAGAACUUGGAAAGUCUUUGACUCUUUACUGCACAGCAAGAUUUGGCUUCGAAAAGGACUUUAAACCUGUGAUAAGAUGGUACAGCAAAGAUUCUGACCAGGAGCUAGAAAUCCUGACAACUGAGGUGAGAAGUGUUAAAGCCACUUUUGAGGAUGAAAUCAUCAAAUGUGUUGUCCACUUGAAAGAAGUUACUCAGAGUGAUCUUCACAAGACAUUCAUUUGCUUUGCCCAGAAUUCCAUUGGGAACACUACCCAAUCUAUCCAACUGAAGGAAAAGAAAAAAGUGGUGUUCCUGUACAUCCUACUCGGCACCAUCAUGACUCUAGUAGGCAUGUUAAUGGCAACUGCUCUCCUCUUCAUGUACUGGAUUGAAAUAGUGCUACUGUACCGAACCUACCAGAACAAGGAUGAGACACUCAGGGAUAAAAAGGAAUUUGAUGCUUUCAUCUCUUAUGCGAAAUGGAGCUCUUUUGAGAGUGAAACCACUUUAUCUGUGAACGAGGAAAACUUGGCCCUGAAUCUAUUCCCUGAAGUUUUGGAAAACAAAUAUGGGUACACCUUGUGUUUGUUUGAAAGAGACGUGGCUCCAGGAGGAGUGUAUGCAGAAGACAUUGUAAGCAUUAUUAAGAAAAGUAGAAGAGGAAUAUUUAUCUUAAGCCCCAGCUAUGUCAACGGACCCAGUGUCUUUGAACUACAAGCAGCAGUGAAUCUUGCCUUGGAUGAUCAAACACUGAAACUCAUUUUAAUUAAGUUCUGUUCCUUCCAAGAGCCAGAGUCUCUACCUCAUCUUGUGAGAAAAGCUCUCCGGGUUUUGCCCACAGUCACCUGGAGAGGCUUAAAAUCAGUGCCUCCCAAUUCUAGGUUCUGGACUCAAAUGCGCUACCACAUGCCUGUGAAAAACUCUAAGGGAUUCACAUGGAACUAUCUCAGAAUUAUCUCAAGAAUUUUUUUCACUGGUAAGACUCAGGAAAGCAGAAACCACUAGGAGGAGCUCCCAGCCCAGGGAAUGGGGAGCUGGGCCCUAAACCACCUCCCUCCAGUCCUGGAGAGCAGAGAUGUUGAUGGAUGGAUAGAACAUAUAGCAUGGAUCUGGCUGAUCUAAAAUGGAAGGUGUUUGGCCAACCCUGAGUGAGUGCAACAGGCACUGGGAUGACCCUGAAGCUGGUGUUAGGUCCUCUGAUUUCCUAGACUGGACAGGCACUCUCGCACAUUCAUCAUGUACCUCCCUAAGACUUUCUUAGUGGUCAACAGAAUCAGCAUAUGCAUUCACUUUUACUUUGUGGCUAUAGACUAUCAUGUCUGCUAUGAA